UUCCUUGUAUUAGUGUUAUUUCCUGUCUUAAAAAUUAGAUUACUGUUAAUUGUCCCCCUUGUGCAAAGGGCGCAUACAACGUAGAUAUGAACUCUCAGCUGCCGCGAAACAAGGUAAAAAAGGAGGCCGGAGAAGAACCUCACGGCGCCGGCGAUGAUCGGAGAGAACAAGAUGAAGAAGACGAGCAAGCUCUGUUAGCUCUGAUUGAUCAUCGUACUAAACUAGUUGAGACUAACAAGUCACGCGUCAUCUAUUACACUGCCCAGCUUGAGCAGUCAGAGAAAAAGUUGGAGGAGACGAAGAAUCAACUAUAUCGUCUUCGUAGGCGACGUAAUUUACUUGGGUCAAGAGAAAUAUUAGAACCUGGUAUGCUGAACGUAAACGUUGAAAAGGGAUCAACUAGUCCUUGUCAUAUUAUUUCACAUUCUCCUGAAAACCAGUCUGGGUCUGUAUUAGAACCUUUGCAAGGCAGUGUCAAGUCAUCCAGGAAAUCUGAGGUUGAUGUAAAAGGAGUAUUUGGCGGCGCUGUUAUCCAGAAUGAUGAAGGCUCUUCUCAUAACAAGGCUAAGCCUAGGAAACAAAUAGUUAUUCCUUCCAUGAAUCCUGUUACCCCUCAGUUAAGCAAGUCUCACUUGGGCACUAAAGCUUCAAAUGGGUCAGUUUCAAUUCUUACCCAUGGCAAUAGUGUGAAGUCUCGUAAAAUUUCGUAUGAGCAGGAUUCUGUGGACAUACAAUCUAAAGGAACAAAGAGGAAAUUUGAGCAAAAAGAGCAUCAAGACUUAAUUCGGUUAGUCCGUGGCAGCUCCUCGGCUCAAACUAUACGUUGCCAGACAGGAAGUAUUAUAUCUAGUCAGCAUAAGAGGAAGUUAAGGAGUCUAAUUUUAUGUCCAACAAACGAUCAGCUUUUUGUUACGAGCGCCUUGGAUGGAGUUGUCAACUUGUGGCAAUUGCAAGCCAGAGGAUCAACUGCCAAUUGCUUAAGUAGCACAGACUGUGUAUCUGUCAAGCAAAGGAGAUGGCCAGAAGAUAUUGCCUGGCAUCCCCAUGGAAGCAGCCUAUUUUCGGUGUUCAGUGCUGAUGGUAAAGAUUCGCAGGUAGCUGUCCUGGAUCUAAACAGUAAAAAUGAGAGGCGUCGUGUUAACUUUCUGGAGGAUAAACCACAUGUCAAAGGCAUCAUAAACAAUAUAAUGUUCAUGCCAUGGGAAGACACCUGUUUUGUUACUGGCGGAAGUGAUCAUGCUGUAGUUCUCUGGAGUGAGAACGAAGGUAUUGGCGAAUGGAAACCGAAAGCUUUGCACAGGAACAUUCAUUCUUCUGCAGUAAUGGGAGUUGCUGGGUUGCAGCAUAAGCAGGUUAUAGUCUCUGCUGGUGCAGACAAGAGGAUUAUAGGUUUCGAUUUAGUAGCUCGUAAAUCCAGCUACAGCCAUCAAAUAGAAAGUAAAUGCAUGAAUGUGGUGCCAAAUCCAUGUGAUUUCAAUCUCUUUAUGGUUCAGACCGGGACUAUGGGAAAACAGCUUCGGUUGUUCGACUACAGGGUUAGGCAGCUCGAAGUCCAUGCAUUUGGAUGGGACCAAGAAAGUAGUGAUUCACAGUCAGCGUUAAUAGAUCAAGCUUGGUCCCCAGAUGGUCUGUACAUUAGCUCCGGAUCAGCAGACCCUAUGAUCCACAUAUUUGAUAUAAGGUAUAAUGCUAAAAAACCAAGUCAGUCGAUAAAAGCUCAUCAAAAACGAGUCUUUAAAGCUGCAUGGCACAAUACAUAUCCGCUCCUAAUAUCUAUAUCUUCUGACCUAAACAUUGAAUUGCACAAGAUCAUAUAGGUUAUCGGUGCACUCUGCUUGUUUUGUAUCAUUCUCUGCAAAAAUUUUGUAACAUGUUGUCUGAAACAGGUGUACCUGAUGCAUCAAAGAGUAGGAAAUGAGUUUUAAAACUAUUCUUUCGAUGCUGUACACAAUCGUAGAAUAGUCAAAUACAUUAAUUUUAGUUCUGUUAGAACAUUCA